GUUCGUUUGUAGAUAUUGAUCAUUCAAAAUGCAUUUGCAGGCAUCCAUCGAGUAUACGGGAGGUGCUUUUGAGCUGAUAGCCUCCCUGAUGGGGAUGGUACAUAGGAGAAAAGCGUUGUUCAGCCUUUACGAUAUUCAGAUUCCAUCCAUACCGAUGGCACCAGCGGCAGCUGCAGCACUUGUACCGGUACCAACAGUACCUCAUCUGGCAGUAGGGAGGAGAGAGAGACAGGCUCCAAUACACAGCCAAGGCAGAGCUAGGGGCACCCGAGCCGAGAAUAGCCUUUCAGAGCCCAUUCUGAGUGAUGAUGAUGCCGAGACGAGCGACUUUGAGGAGGCAGCGAGUCAGCAUUCAGAGUCAUCUGAGAGUGGAGGUGAUGAUACUGGCUUGGGUUCCGAAAGUGAAGGCGAUGCUGAGGCGAGCUCUAAGACAUUGAGCGGAGACGACAUUGGCUCGGGUUCCGGUCCAGGUUCAAAUAGUGGUGCCGACAGAGACAGUGCCCUAAAGUCCUCUCCUCCGAGGAAGAGGACAAAGAGGGCCUCUCGAGCCUGAGGCAACCAACGCUGAUUGUUUUGUGUUUUGCUUAGUUUCUUUUUGCUAGUAGCAUUAGCACAUGUAUAGCUGUAGGAAGUUCUAUUUGCUUUAAAAACUUGUAACCCACUUUUGUAAAAACAACCAUGAUCGA